AGCCAAGAUCUGCAUCAAUAACCAACACUCCAGUCCAUUGGAAAACUCUCGGUAUUGUAUUCGUUUGUUUGCUACGUCAGAAUCUCUAACUCUGCACCAUGGUUCUACAAGACAGCGAGAGAGCUCUGAUUCAGACUUUCUGUGACAAGAUUGCUCCUAAGGCUGAUGCUCUGGGAGUUGAAAUCAUGGAGAGGUAUGCCAAUGCCUACCCACAAAUCACCGAUUACUUUAAAAAACCUGAUUCAUCCAUCAACAAGCCUGUUAUGAUAGGUCAUGGGGGAAAACUACUGAUUUCUUUUGGAGAUGCCAUCAAAAACUAUGACAACCUCAAACGCUCAUUGGGGAGUCUCACUGACCUGCAUUUGAAUACACAUAAUGUGUCACGGGAACCCUACAAGCUCCUUAAUCAUUCCAUUCUAAUCACAUUCGCUGUUAACUUUUCAACGGAGUUCAAGAAUUAUCAGAUGGAAAAUGCAUGGAGAAAAUUCCUUGAUGAGAUUACUUGUGUCAUGACUAGUAAGAAUUAACUCUCCACUAACAAGAAAUUGAAGGGGAAUAUGUAAACCAAUGUUAAUCGAAGACCCCGGAAAUGGUUACUAUGGAGAGCUAAUCUGUGUAUU